AUGACCGAUCGUCCGUCAUCUCCCAAUCCACGUAAACAAACCGACGCAUCUUCUCUUCUUCUAGAACUCGCUAAAAUUUUUUGUCUAAAAAAAUUUUCUCGAGCUUUAAUUAAUAAUAAACCUUUAUUAAACAAUGAUAUAGAUGAUCAUUAUAAACCUAAUAUAGCUCAUGAUCUUAAAUCGUUUCAUAAAUAUAAUUUUCCUUCUUUUAAUGACGAAGAUUUUGAAAGAUUAAAUUUAGAUCAUUAUUUAUUUCGAUUUCAAUGGCAAAGUAAUUUUUCCUCCCCUAUAGAACAAAAUUUAUUAUCAGGUGGUUUAAAAGUACUUGAUGUGGGAUGUGGAACUGGUACUUGGAUUCUUGAUAUGGCAAAAGAAUAUCACUCUACAAAUAUUUAUAUCGGUAUAGAUAUUUUACCAAUCCUUCCUGAUGAAAAUUCUCGUCUUUCAAAUACUGGUUUUAUACAAUGUGAUCUUCUUGAUGGAAUCCCAUUUCCUGAUUCUACUUUUGAUUUUGUUUGUGAAAGGUUCUUAAUUUAUCCUGAUCUUACAGAUUCUCAAUGGAAAUAUCUUUUUUCUGAAAUUAAAAGAGUAUUAAAACCAGGUGGUUAUCUGGAGAUAAUGGAAUAUCGUAUAGGUUACGAUAAUCCCGGUCCAAUAACUCAAAAUAGAAAUGAUCAAGUCUUUAGAUAUUUGAAUUCUAAGGGAAUCGAUCCAGAAACUACCAUAAAUUCAAUUCCUCAAAUGUUACAAUCAUCUUCAUUUUCAGACUUUCAUAAACAAGAUAAAAUUUGUCCGAUAGGUCGUUGGGGUGGAGAAAUUGGUUUGAUGAUGCUAAAUAGUUAUGAAACGUCCCAAAAAGCCUUAAAUAAACGAUUUCAACCAGGUUUAACGGAAGAAGAAACAGAUGAUAUAUUUGCUUCUAUUGCAAGUGAAUUUGAUGAGUACAAAACUCAACUUGUAAAUUUUAGAUGUUAUGCUCGAAAAAACUAA